UACACUCUACUGGCCAGCUACUGAGUACUGCAACAAGCGAGUGAACACACAGCAUCGUCGCACGCCACUGCUUAGCUUAGCCAGAGAAAAGGAGAAGCCGAUCUGAUUCUGCUCUCAUCACACACACCAUGCCGGGGAGAGAAGACGGAGCCUCCGCCGACGAGGAGAGCUCGCAGUGCAGCAGCGGCUGCCAGUCCGGCUGGACCCUGUACCUGGAGCACUCCGGGUCAGGCCAGCAGCAACGUCGCACGCUGCCAUACGUGCACCCCGGCGACGUCCUGAAACAGAUGCUGCCGCAGGCGGAAUACUCCGACGACGACGAGGAGGACUCCAUGGUCUCCGACGCGUCAUCCGGCCUGCCGCCGCACCUGCGCGGCGAAGAGGAGGAGCUGCUGCAAGUGCGAGGUCAGACCAACAUGCCUUCACAGCAGCGUCGAUCGGCCUUCGACGGCGACCAAUGCCACUCCGGCUGGGGUGGCAGUCGUCGCAGCGCGAGCCGCUCUGGCUCCCGUUCCUUCGUCUCCACGAGGUCUGGUAGUUCGGGCGAGAUGAGGAGCAGGAAGAAGAGGAGGGCCGUCGUCCAACGGCAGGAUGAGUCGGCGACGCGUCGCCAUCGUGUCUUCCACGACGACGAUCUCCACGACACCGCGAGCUCGUCCGGCGUCAUUACUCCCGCGGCAGUGGUGGAAGCUAUGAAGGAUGGUAUGGACCUGCAGCCAAGCUGCGCCUGUGCCUUGUCGGUUCGAAGCACCGGCAUGCAGGGUCUCGCGAUGCUGCACCAUAACUGAUGAACUAUCUAGCUAGGGAACGAGAAAGGCCUUGUUUUGUCGGCAACCAGAUCGCUCAUAGUCUCACAGGUCACUGUUUGUUCCAAGUUAUAUGUACGUAAGCAAAUCGUCCGUAGUCGAGACAAGAACCAACAGUUUUGAUCGAUCUUCUUGUACUCCUGAUUUUCAUUACCAGGUUUUGCUUGUUU